UAGAUUAAGUCACAUGAUGUCUGUCGGUUUCUGAUGGGUUUGUUUGUAGCUGUGCAGUUGUUCGCACCCGGUGAAGGAAUGUGAGCUAUGUUAUUGUCGAGCUCACAUCAAAGACAUAAUUAAUAGUUUAGGUCUUUAUUGCGCAUUAGGAAUGUGUUUCGUGGCCUUUAUUUUGUCUACAAGAGACUGACUGACAGACUGUGGCAUAUUACCAAAGGACGCUGCUGUCUGACAUUCGUUCGGAGAUCUGAGCAAUGUCUUCCCAGCCAGAUAACUUAAUACUGUCCUCAGGUCACAACUUCAGCAUGGACUACUCCUCCCAGGACAUUCAGCUGAAAAUCAUCAGCCUGGGCUUUGUCUUCUACACCUUUAUCUUCCUCCUCUCUCACAUCCUCUCUAACCUGCUGUUUCACACCUAUCGCUCACUGUCAGCCAAAGAAAAGGUCUUCUGGGAUUUGGCUGCAACACGGGCUGCGUUUGGCAUCCAGAGCAUGGUGGCAGGGCUUCGGGCGCUCAUGGAGGAUUCUGCCAUCUACUCUGAUAAGGUUCUCGGGCAGGAGGACUGGUCCUGGUUCAACGUGCUGACUGCUACAGGCUUCUUCCUGUUUGAGAAUGUGGCCCUUCAUGUGUCCAAUGUGGCAUUCUGGUCUUUUGACCUGCCUUUGGCCAUGCAUCACUUCUUCGCCCUCACAGGGUUUGUCGGGGCGGUUGUGUGGAACUGGCAGGGUCAUUUCCUCCCUAUGGUGACUUUGCUGCUGGAGAUGAGCACACCUUUCACCUGCAUCUCCUGGAUGCUGCUUAAGGCGGGCUGGUCUAAGACUCUCUUCUGGAAAGUUAACCAGUGGGUGAUGAUUCACAUGUUCCAUUGCCGUAUGGUUGUGUCCUACUAUAUGUGGUGGGUGAGUUGGAAUCAUUGGGAUGAGAUGAACACCCACAUCCCAUUGGUUCAGAGAGUGCUGUUCUUCAUAGGCCUCUUCCUGCUCACCUUCUUCCUCAACCCCAUUUGGACACAUAAGAAAACCCUGCAACUUCUUAAUCCUGUGGACUGGAACUUUGACAACAAACCUGCAGCAGAGAAUGGACCAAUCCGAGACCAGGCUCGACAUAAGCCCCAUGCCAGCUGAUCAAUGCUAAGAUCAAAGAAAUACAGUCUGCUAUACAAAGCAACUGGAAGCAGAGAGAUAAUAUGCAAUAUUGUACAGUUGUGUUUUUAGUGAGUAUUAUUUGAAGGUUUGUUAAAGAGCUUUUAGUUUAGCACUAACUAGUAUUACUUGCUACAACGUGAGCACACAUAUUGCACAGUUAGUGAAGUGUCUGUAUUUAAAGGAUUAGUUCACCAAAAAUGUUUAAUUCUGUCAUGAUUUACUCACCUUCGAUGUUGUUCCAAACCUGAAAGAAUGACUGUUUUUGUCAAAUAACUGAAAGUCCAAAGAUCCAAAAUAACAUUUCAUGACUUUCAUUAUAUGGACCAAAUGAUUUCUUUUAAAAGACUUUUUUUUUUUAAAUAUUGUUUAUUGUGUUUUACUGAAGAAUGAAUGUCAUGCAUGUGAGGGUGAGAAUGAGUUUUCAUUUUAGGUGAACUAUCCCAUCAAGUAGUUCUGUCUAUAUGUUUUUGGGCACUUAAAACAAUGACUAGAAGUCUUGGUGCAUGUUUCAGGGAGACUUCUUUGGGCCUGCAAAUAUCAUGAGAUCCGUUUUAUGCAACUUGCUUUCAAUUUCCUGUUUGAGUUGAGUUGUGCGUCCUGAAAGAAGCCUUUUAUGUGUGUUUGGGUGUUUCAGGAGUGGCUGUUUGAGUCUUAUUUCUCUUUGUAUAUUGGCAGUCCGUGCAGCACAGCAUCUCUCAAGCUGUGAGAUCCUUGUUUUUAUCUUACAGGCUCAUAUUUGUUACUCCUCGUUCUUUGUCUUGUGAUGACAAAAACCCUGACUGUUUCAUGGCCAAGCAUGGUCUGUCAACUCAACCACGCUCUGCUUAACUAAAUGUCACUCAGUCUGCUAUGGAAACUUCAGCUCAAAGCCACCAGACCUUGUUUUUGUUUUAGUUGUACGAAGGAUUUUUCUUUUACAGAUGUUGUGUAUUGGUGUUCAAUGGCUGUAGGCUGUGUUUUGUGAGUUUUUGUGGACGUUUGACUAAACUCUUUGUGUUCCGCAUAAAUAGGGUUUGUUCUGACAGAGACUGACUUAUCUCUGUAGAAAGGAAUGUGUGCAUGCACGUGUGUGUGUGUGUGUGUGUGUGUGUGUGUGUGUGUGUGUGUGUGUGUGUGUGUGUGCGCCAGGGAGGGAUAAGGAAGGGAAAGGAAGUUGUUUAAUUUUACAAUAUAUAGUUUCAUUUUGAGGACUAGCUAUUGAACUAGAGUUCCUCUGCGUUUGUGUGUGGUUAUACUCAGUACUUCUUCUUUUUGUCAUACUUUAUAUACUUUAGAAGUUGAAAAGCAGAAAAACAGAAAAUUCACAUUGACGCAUACAGCAUACUUGAAGCAAAUAUAACAGACAAUACAAAACAUUACAGUGCCAAAUUAAUCUGGAUAUGAAUGAAGGAAAAAUAAACGGUAAAAAAAUAAACUUGACCUUUGUAACAGCUCAGGGUAUUUUUAGGAUGACACAAAGAGGAUGUGCGGUAUUAUCUGAUAGCAACAGGUGGAAAAAAGUAUUAUAUAAAUAUUAAGGAAUUAAUUUAUUCCAUAACUAUGUAAUCAUAACAAAGGGGCAGGUUAACUGCUAUCAUCAGCUGCUAAAUUACCUCGGCUUUAGUUGCUCUUGCUUUUCAGUGAAGUUUAAAAAGAGCAUUUCAGCUUUUUUUUAGCCUGUUCUUUCACAAUGUGAGAGUCAGAACUGCGGGUUUGUGUGGUAACUCUAGAAUUGUGUCACACAUGUUCAGCAGGUUAGCUAAAUGAUAUUUAAAUAGCUCACAGACACCAUUCGUUACUCUCGAAUGAGAGGGAAGGAAAUAACACAAGAUGUUACUAACCUCGAAUCUAUCUGGGGGGGUUUUUUUCUUCAUUUUGAGAAUUCGUAUGUACUUUUAUGUAUACCAAAACCAUGUUUUAUUAUUUAAACGUAUUUUCCUGUUACAUUUAAUGGUCAAUUUCAUAUAAGUUUCAAUAAUUUAAAACUGUAACAAACUACUGCUUGUGUUCACACAGUUGUACUCAGUAUGUUAACUGGAAAUCCAUUGUAUAUUUAAAUAUGAAUAGGUGUUAUAUUGGUGCACAUUUCAAUUUAAAUUAUUACUUGAGGGGGAAAUGCAUGUUUAAAUUAAAUUAUUUGCUUAAAAUUCAAGAUUCAAAGCUUGAAAGCUCCUGUUGAUGCUCUUCUGUGUAUGUAUACAUACAUAUAUAUGUAUAAUAAAGGUUUUAC